GUAGUUCUGAAGUGGUUGUCGGCUGUCGAUUGGCCAGGCCUUGUGUAUGGCUUUGCGGUAGAGCGGGAUGGCGGCUCAGCCUGCACCUCCUAAACCGUGGGAGACCCGGAGGGUGCUGGGGGGCCUCCCAGCCACUUCUUACCAGUCAGCUGAUUUGAGGGCGAGCACUCUUACCAGACCAGGACAGCCGGCACUUACCAGGGUCCCUCCACCUGUACUCCCCAGACCUUCUCAGCAAACCAGAACAAGUUCCCUCAAUACCUACCGACCUGCAUACAGCUCCUUCUCACCUGGCUAUGGCUCUUACGGCUCCUACGGCAGUUCGUUGUACGGUGGCCACAGCCCAUACAGCUACGGCUACGGCAAUGCGCUGGGCUAUAACCGCUUCCAGACAGAUGAGGCGUCUCCCAGCAGGUUUGUCCGGCAAGCUGAAGAAAGCAGCCGCGGAGCCUUCCAGUCCAUCGAAAGCAUCGUCCAAGCCUUCGCCUCAGUCAGCAUGAUGAUGGAUGCCACUUUCUCUGCCGUUUAUAAUAGUUUCAGGGCAGUUCUGGAUGUGGCAAACCACUUCUCCCGGCUGAGGGUCCACUUUACUAAAGUGUUUUCCGCGUUUGCGCUCGUCAGAACGAUCCGGUUCCUGUACCGACGUUUGCAGAGACUUCUAGGUCUACGGAAAGGUUCCGAAAAUGAGGAUUUGUGGAGUGAGAGCGCGGGCAAUGUGGCUCGCCUCGGUGCGGAGAACGAUGCCACCCAAUCUGCCAAGUCGUGGCCUAUUUUCUUAUUCUUCGCUGUCAUCCUCGGGGGCCCCUACCUCAUCUGGAAGCUGUUGUCUUCUGGCAAUGCCGAAAGUCAUGAAGAAAAUAUGAACUGGGCAAGUGGGGAAGGUGACCAUGUUGUGGGAAGAGCAGAAUAUGACUUCAUAGCUACUUCAGAUGAGGAGAUUUCUUUCCAUGCUGGCGACAUGCUAAACCUGGCACCCAAAGAACAACAACCUAACUUAAGAGGCUGGCUGCUUGGAAGCGUGGAUGGGCAAACUACAGGAUUUGUUCCCGCCAACUACAUCAAAAUCCUUGGCAAACGAAGAGGGCGCAAAGCCGAAGAGGCUGAGAAAAGACCGGAACAGGAAGCGUUCCCCAACGACCCGUCCCUGGGCGCAGCCUCAUCCGUAGCCACACUGGAAGAUCAGGACGCUGCACUCGAGUCAGUUUUUGUGGAUACGAGCAGCACAGGGCACGGUGUUGAAACAAGUACAAGCCAUAGGGACACAUUUGAUCUAUAAAUAUCUGUGUUGGGAGAACGGCAGUGUUAUGCUGUGUCAACGGUUCUAAAGUUACUGUUGUCCCCUGAUAUUCAUGAAUAUCUGUAGUGCAGUUGGUGAGCAGAGGAAUAUACAGUGUCCCAUCCUAACCAGCCCACUUACUGCUACUAUAGUCAUCUGCCAGUAUAUAUGUUGGGAGAUUCUCCCAAUUACUGUAACUGUAGAGCAAGGGAUGCUUAA